GCCUGCAGUCAGUCAGUCUCGCGCUGCCUGUCGAGCGGUCACCUCACUUUAUACGUGCUUGUACGGAACUAGCUGUUUUUAAUAAAGUUCACGAGCAAGUAUUGGGAAGGAAGUGCGCGCACAAGAUACACCGUUUUGUUUUCGUUAGAGUGCGAAUUGACACGCGCGUUAGAGGUGACGAGAUGAAAGGGUUAAAUUAUAGAUAGACUACAUAUAAAAGAAAUAAGAACUAAAAGUAGUCGCGCACCGAUGCGUAGCGUAGGGGUAAAGGGCAAAGCCGAGCGGAGGCUCUUCCGCCGGCUGUCCAUCAUCAGCAGCAGUAGCAGUAGCAGCGGCGCCGGACGUGAUCGUAAUUUCGCGGGGGACACAAGAGGGAUUGCAGCUGCCGCCACGUUGUUGCUGUAGCCACUUGCGGGCAUUUUUCUACUCUCUCUCUUUCUCUCUCUCCCUCUCUCUCUCUCUCUCUCUCUCUCUCUCUCUCUCUCUCUGACAUUCUCUAUCGUUCGUUCGUUCCUCUCGACACUGCCAUUAUCGGGAUACGCUCCCCCCACGCUUUCCGCGACGAAAAAAAAACCGUGAUGGAUCUCGCAAGCUCAGUAGCGUUCUGAAACUGCGCGUGUGUGUGUACGUGUAAUCGUGUAAAGUAAUUAUCGGAAUUUCGAAGAUGAGCCGGCUAACGAUCCUGGCGUUGCUGCUAUUGGCUCUGAACGUCGGUCACAUGGCGGCGAUGAUGAGCAGCAGCGGUAGCGGCAGCAGCAGCAACAGCAACGUCGACGCGACAACUCUGAAAGUGCCACGGCAUUGCGAGUGGGACUCGCCUAGCGAGGGCAGCCUCGUCUGUUUACAAAACGAGCUGGCUACCAGUGCAAGCAACCGGGUGAAUCUCAGUGAGAUACCAAGCGAGUCGUUGACCUCGUUGACGCUUCAUUGUCUCGAGAGCGGAGAGCAGCUCGACGACGACUUCAAUUUGCCGUCGCGGCGGCAAGACAAGCGAGCAUCUUUGAACACCGAGGAGCUUUCGCAUCUCUGGCGUAUGCGCUCGCUAAGAAUAACCGGCUGCCGAGUUGGCAGGCUCGUUCUGACGGGACUGCGCGAUCUGCGAAAUUUGACGAUAAAAACGGAGGCUGGCCAGAGACGCGGCUCGCUGGAGCUCGAGCCAGGGACGUUCGCUGCGGCCAGUCAACUGGAGAAGAUCGACCUCUCGGGCAACAACAUUUGGCAGGUACCCGGCGAAAGUUUCUGCCCACUGGCAAAUCUCGUUGGCCUGAACUUGUCGUACAACCUCUUGGAGGAGUUGACCGAGCUGGACUUUGGUCUGCGCGGUGUCGCCGGCGCUUCGGCGAGAAAGCCUCGCAGGCUCGAGCAGCUGAUGAGUGCACCCACGGCGGCGAGUUGCGCCCUCGAUAUACGUAACCUCGACGUGUCGCACAAUAGGAUCUCGGUGUUGCCGGCCCGCGUGUUCUCCUCGCUGCGACGUCUUGGCAUGCUGAACCUCGCUGGCAACGGGAUUGCCGUGGUCGAGGACGAGGCUUUUCACGGCUUGAGAUCACUGAGGAGUGUGGAUUUGUCGGACAACAGGAUCGUCGCCUUGCCAUCGGAAGUGUUUCGCGAGGCUGGCAACUCGCUGAAGGAGCUCAAGUUGCAGAACAAUUCCAUCGGCGUGCUCGCUCCGGGACUCGUGGCCAACAUGAAUCAGCUGGUCUCGCUGGAUCUUUCGAAGAACGUGCUCACCAGCUCGUGGAUGAAUUCGGCUACGUUCGCCGGCUUGAUUAGGCUGGUGCUUCUUGAUCUGUCCUUCAAUCGCAUCGACAAUUUGGACCCGGCGAUGUUCAAGGAUCUGUACACUCUGCAGAUUCUGAAUCUCAAGUACAACGAGAUCGAGACUAUACCGGCCGACACUUUUGCGCCCAUGAGCAAUCUGCACACGUUGGAAAUCUCCCACAAUCGACUGAGAUACCUGGACGGUCAAUCGCUUAACGGCUUGUUCGCCUUGUCCCUGCUCUCGAUGAAUUACAACUUGCUCGAGGGCAUCCACCCCGACGCUUUCAAAAACUGCUCGAGCAUCCAGGACGUGCAGCUGUCGGGCAACAAUCUAGACAGCAUACCGAGCGCCCUGAAAGACAUGGGCAUUCUGAAAAUGCUGGAUCUCGGCGAGAAUCGCAUCGAGCAAUUGGAGCGAUCGAAUUUCGAAGGUAUGACUGGCCUGUACGGCCUGAGACUGAUGAACAACUACAUAAGUAAUAUCACGCGAGACGUGUUUGCCGAGCUGCCGACCCUGCAGAUUCUGAAUCUGGCGCGUAACAAAAUCGAGCACGUCGACAGCGAGGCAUUCCGCGGCAACCCGAGCUUGCAAGCCAUACGACUGGACUCGAAUAUCCUCGAGGACAUGUCGACGUCGUUCGUCAACGUCAGUAGUUUGCUCUGGUUAAACGUCUCCGACAAUAUGAUCGAGCGAUUCGACUUCGGUUAUUUGCCGAGCCAUCUGCAAUGGAUGGACGUGCACAAGAACGCGAUCAUUGAUUUGGGUCGAGCGCCGCCGCAUCCGAAUCUACGACUGCAAACACUCGACGCCUCGUUCAACCGGCUGACGCGCAUAAGCUCGCACUCGAUACCCGAGUCGAUCGAGCUACUCUUUCUCAACGACAACGAGAUCCACAGCGUCGAUCCGCAGAGCUUCGUCGGCAAGCGCAAUCUCACGCGGGUCGACCUCUACGCCAACCAGAUCGUACGCAUGGAGCUGUCGUCGUUUCAGCUUUCCCAGGUGCCGGCGGACAGGCCACUGCCGGAAUUCUACAUCGGGGGCAACCCGUUCGUCUGCGACUGCACCACCGAGUGGCUGCAGCGAAUUAAUUAUCUGACCCUGCGCCAGCAUCCGCGGGUGAUGGAUCUCGAGUCGGUUUAUUGCAGACUGCCGUACGACAGGCGUCGCUCGUUCAUACCGCUGCUGGACGCCAAGCCCGCGCAGUUCCUCUGCGGCUACACGGCCCACUGCUUCGCGUUGUGCCACUGCUGUGACUUUGACGCCUGCGACUGCGAGAUGACGUGCCCGGCCAACUGCACGUGCUAUCACGACCAGUCGUGGGCCGCGAACGUCGUCGACUGCUCCAGUUCCGGCUACAAGCGCUUGCCCGGCAGACUGCCCAUGGACGCCACCGAGGUCUACCUCGACGGCAACGACUUGGGGGAGCUCACCUCGCACUCGUUCAUCGGCCGCAAGAAUCUCGAGAUCCUCUACGCCAACGACAGCAACAUCGUGUCCAUUCGCAACUUCACCUUCAGCGGCUUGAAGAAGCUCGCGGUGCUGCACCUGGAGAACAACCGCAUAGCCGCGCUCCACGGCAUGGAGCUGGCGCCGAUGGAGUCGCUGAAGGAGCUCUACCUGCAGAACAACCAGCUGGCCUACAUCGACAACGGCACGUUCUUGCCGCUGCGCAACCUGGAGAUACUCCGCCUCGACAGCAACCGCCUGGGCAGCUUCGCGCUGUGGCUGCUCGCGCGCAACCCCUACCUCGUGGACGUCAGCCUGGCGGGCAACCCCUGGCACUGCGACUGCGCCUACGUGGACCGCGUGCGCGAGUGGAUGGCCGCGCACAAGGAGAAGAUAUCCGACUGGCGACGCGUCACCUGCAGCCUCGGCAUGCCGCUGCUGGCGCAAGUCAACGGGUCCAUCGUGAAUUGCGCGGCGCUGAGCAGCGUCACGUCCAGCGUGCGCGACCGCUCGCUCGAGACCUACCUGCCUCUGCUGCUGGCCACCGCCGCGCUGCUCUGCGUCAUCCUGGCCCUGCUCUGCGCCGCGCUCCGGCAUCGGCGCGCCCUGCGGGCCUGGGCGGCCAGCCGCUGCGGCCUGCGCGCCUGCUACAAGACGGCCGCCUUCGAGGACCGCGAGAAGCCGUUCGACGCCUACAUCUCGUACUCGGCGGUCGACGAGAGCUUCGUGUCGCGCGUGCUCGUGCCCGGCCUCGAGACCAACUACCGGCUCUGCCUGCACUAUCGCGACCUAGGCGCCGGCUCGAACGUCGCCGACGCCGUCGCCGAGGCCGCCGACUCGUCCAGGCGCACCAUCCUCGUGCUGUCGCGCAACUUCCUCCACGGCGAGUGGUCCAGGUUCGAGUUCAAGGCCGCCCUCAGGGAGGCGCUCAAGGGCCGCGGCCGCAGCGUCAUACUGCUGCUCGUCGGCGGCGUCUGCCCCCGCGACCUCGACUCCGACCUGAGGAAGCGGCUGUCCUCGCACACGCUGCUCGUCUGGGGCGACAAGCUGUUCUGGCAGAAAUUGAGGUUCGCCAUGCCCGAGGUGUCGCCGGUGCCGCUCGAGAGGCCGCCUUCGCUGCCGACCCCGCCGCCGCCGCCGCAGCACCAGCACCUGUGGGCGUGAGACAGGUGCCACUGCAAUAGUCAAGGGGACCGAAAGGUGACGUACAGAGUCGACGAACUGGUGAAUGGAUCAACGUUCGACUCGCCAGCGAUUUCGUGAUAUAUACAUACAUAAAAAUCG